AUGGCGAUGGCGAUUGCCGUCCUGCUCGUCCUCCUCCUCCUGGCCGGGGGCUCCGCGGCCGCGUCGCCGCCGCCGCCGCCGUGCAGCCGGUCGUGCGCGACGCUCAACUGCGACUCGGUGGGGAUCCGGUACGGCAAGUUCUGCGGCGUGGGGUGGAGCGGGUGCGAGGGGGAGGAGCCCUGCGACGACCUCGACGCCUGCUGCCGCGACCACGACCACUGCGUCGGCAAGAAAGGACUGAUGAGUAUCAAAUGCCAUGAGAAGUUCAAAAACUGCAUGAGGAAAGUGAAGAAGGCUGGCAAGGUCGGCUUCUCCAAGAAAUGCCCGUAUGAAAUGGCUAUGGCGACGAUGACUCAGGGUAUGGACAUGGCGAUCAUGCUCAGCCAGUUGGGCAGCCAGAAGUUAGAACUGUAG